AUUUUCUACAUCCCAACAAAAAAAUAAAUGGACCCGUUUAUGGACCCCACCGGGGACCCACCUCAAAAUCAAACCCCUCCUGGGUCCAGACCUGCCAACAGAUAUACCGCGCCAAAAGAAAACGUUAUACAUAGAAGACCCAGUAUACUUUUGCCACAUUUGCAGGAAAAUGAGAAGAAAUUUUUUGAACUGGUGGCUUCAGGUGAUGUACUAAAAGUAGAAGAGUUCCUGAUUCAAAAUCCAGAUUUUAAUAUAAACUGCGUAAACUUUCAAGGAGUUUCAGCUCUUUUGAUAGCAGUACAGUCUCAUUCUGAAGGAAUGGUAGCUACACUACUGCAUAGAAAAGGGAUAGAUAUAGGUGAUUGUGUUCUACAUGCAGUGAGGGAAAAUCAAACAAAAAUACUGGAACUUUUGUUGGAUAAAAUCCGAAACAAUUCUCCCAGUUUGGAGUUUGUCGGUGUAACUCACAGCUCCGAUUUUCCAGAUUCUGUGACUCCCCUAAUUUUAGCCGCACAGUGUGGUCACUACGAAAUCAUCGAGAUGUUGAUAGAGAGAGGGCACACGAUCAACAAACCUCACCACCCGACCUGCAGAUGCAACGAGUGCGUUUUGAGCAUGGAAAGGGACGAUUUACUGCACGCCGAAACAAUGAGACUCAACUUGUACAAAGCGGUCGCCAACCCCGCCUAUAUUUGCCAUUCCAGCCUCGAUCCCAUACUGUCAGCUUUUGAACUUUGCAUCGAAUUGAGGGAAUGCUCUUUUCUGGUGCCCGAGUUCCGCAAACCGUACGCAGACCUAGCAAACGACAUCAGCAACUUCGCGGUGGAUCUCAUAGCCUGCUCCAGAAGCACCACCGAGAUGGAGAUAAUUUUAUCGCAGACCGGCGGAAUCACUUCCCCUUCGAAUAUUUUCCCGAGAUUGGUGAUGGCGAUCGAUUACAAGCAAAAAGGUUUCGUGGCGCAUCCGAACACCCAACAAAUUAUCGAGCAAGCCUGGUGCGGAAACUGGCACGAGUACAAGUUCAAGCCGACAAUAGUUCGGACCAUAUAUCCGCUGUUGAGACUUCCGUUCUUGCCCGUCAUAACGAUUUUUUCCGUUAUAUCGCCUGCGCAUCCAGCUCUAAUGCAUUGGAAUAUACCGCUGAACAAAAUGAUUUCCCACAUAUCCGGAUAUGGUCUGUUCCUGGUAUUAAUAUUCUUUGAAUCGAACAUGGACAAAACGAAUCAAAAGCGCAUGCCCCCCUCCACAGGUCUGGAACCUGUAAUUGUGGUGUUUGUGAUUGGCCACAUCUGGAGUUGCGUGAGAAUGUGCUUAUUGCAAGGCCCACGCAGAUACUUCAAGUACCUCUGGAACUGGCAUGCCUUGAUCACCAACACUCUAUUUGUCAUGACGUUCUUUUUCUGGUUGGCCUCCUAUUUCGACUAUGUCAACUAUGAUCAGGUAGAUCUCGAAAGAAAGUUCUGGCAUCAUUUGGACCCUCUGCUCAUAGCCGAAGGAACUUUUGCAGUCGCUACGAUAAUGUCGUUUUUCAAACUGAUGUUUUUUUGUCGACUCAACUAUUACCUAGGCCCGCUGCAAAUUUCGCUGGGAAAAAUGUGCGCGGACCUGGCAAAAUACAUAACGAUAUUCAUCAUAAUCAUUUUGUCCUUUUCUGCCGGCUUAUGCAAGUUUUAUCAGUACUACGAUGGUAAGAAUAUUCGGGAUGGUGCACAUACAAAAUUUUCAAUUAUUUUGUCACUAGGUAUGGUGCAAGUGGAUUCUAACGGGAUAAAAACAGCCCAAGUCUCCAGUUUCGUAAACUUCGUUUCGACAAUGAAAACUUUCUUCUGGGCACUGCUUUGCAUGUCUCCACUAGAGUCUGCAGAUGUCAUUAUUGAAAAUUUACCGGGGGAAACAGAAAAAACCACCAUAAUAAAUGAGCAUACAUUCACUCAGACUGUCGGCUACAUAGCUUUUGGCUUGUACGAGGUAUUGACGUGUGUUAUGAUUUUGAACAUGCUUAUUGCUACCAUGUCCAGUACAUUUCAAAGAGUUAUUGAUAAUUUGGACGUGGAAUGGACUUUUGGGAAGACGGACUUUUAUUUGGAAUACAUGAUGCAAACCACCACCCCAUCCCCUUUAAAUCUGAUUCCGACCCCGUUUGGUGUCACCAUUUUCAUGGACAUGUGGUCUGGAAAAAAAGUGGGCUUGAAAUCGAGCAAAUAUAACUUUAUAGACGAGCAUGACACUGUUGAGUAUCCAGCGCUGAUGUCCCUGCUGAUCCAAAGAUAUUUCAGAGAAAAAGAUGUGGCCAAUGCUGCUGCUACAGAAUUCGAUGUCCUUAAACAGGAGAUCCACGAACUUAAGGCCCUUCUCAAAGAAAUCGUGGAGGAUUAAACUAGAUUUUAAGAUUUACUUAUUUAUUUUAUUUAUAUUCUUAAACUACAUAUACAUAUAACAAUAUAUUUUGUAACAUUUAAAAUAUUGAUAUAUUAAUUAAUAAAAAUUCUUAAACUACAUAAAUAUAUUUUGUAACAUGUUAAAUAUUGAUAUAUUAAUUAAUAAAAAUUUACGGAAUUCGGCUCAGACGGCAAAAACAUUUAUACAUAUUAUUACAUAUUAUGGCAUAAUAAUUUUUCCAUACUAUUGUGGGAAAAUUUCGUGAAGGAGUUAAUAUUGUCUUUGGAUUCUUUGGAAUUAUUCAAAUUGAUGAAUGGAAUAGGUUAUUUUAAUGUUGGAGUGAUUGUUUUAAUCAAUACAUGACGUGUAAAAAAACAUCCACACACGCCGUUUUAGCAUUUAGGUAUUAGAUUAAAUUAGAUAUGUAGUGUAAAGACUAUAUAGGUAAAGUUUAAUGAUGUUUAAACAUAAAUGUAAAGUUUAAUUUUUUUAAACAAUUAAUAGUUAAAUAAUAUUUGAAAUAUAAUAUGCAACGGUAUAAAACUGUAAAGUUUAAAAAUAUUGAUUACAAUUGUAGUUAACUAUAGUUCUAAAUUAGAACUUCUUAUAUUUUAUUCUACAAAAUUAUCGGUUUGUAAAGAAUCAUUUAAAUGAUUAAAUUAAAUUUAAAUAUCAGUUUAAAUUUUAAAGUGGUAAUUAAUUAAGCAUAAAUUUAUGCUUGAAUUUUUGGAUUAAAAAUUUAUCGAUCAUUUAAAUGAUUUUAAACAACAAUUUUAUUUUUAACUAAAUAUUUUAAAUUUAUACAUUUUUAACACAAAAAUUUUAACUUUACAGUCAAUAAUAAUGUUUAAUACAAAUACAUUACAUGUACAAAGUGUAAAACAUUUAAAUGUAUUGUGAAAAUUUUGUAGAAUAAAACAUUAAAACUAUUAAAUCAAUAUUUAUAAACUUAAACUGUUACUUUAUAUUUAAAAUAUUUUUUGAAUAUCAAUUUUUUUGAGUUUUAAAAAAAUUAACAUAUUAAACUAUUUUGGUUGAAAAUGUGUUUUUAUUUUAAAUGUAUUUUUAAAUUCUAAAAAAUUUAACUUUACCAAUUUAAUCUAAAUUAUUUUAUUAAAUAUUUAUUCAAGAUUUAGAAAAUUUUGCCCAAAUAAAUUAUACUCAAGAAAUUACUUUUAUCUAUUUUGCGUUCAUAAUGACUUAAUUACUGUCAUUGCUGUCGGUGCUUUAAUGAGAUACUUUAUCCCACCCAAAAUUUUGAUUUUAUUGGUUGGCUAUACUUUAAACAGCAUAAUAUUUUGCAUAUUGGUUAUAAUACUUUAAUGAUUUUUCUAGUACUUACGAGACCUUUGGCAAUAAAUUUUGUUUAACACCAAAGAAAAUCCUUUUUUUCUUCUUUAACAUUAACAGCCUAAACUAACUAUCUAAAGUAAAAUUCAACCAAAUUAAAUUUAAGGUAUAAAAUUAAUUUUUUUAUAUAAUUUUUGCAAAAUACAUAAAAUAGCAUAAAGAACUCAUGACAUAAGACCUUUUGUCGCAUUCGUCCAUUACAAAACUCGCUCCUUCGUUUAGUUUGUAAAUUUCGUAUUUUAGUUAAAAAUAUAAAUUUAUAUGUAAAGCUAAAAUUUUUAGUUUGGAAAAUUUUAAACCAAAAAAAAUUUAAAAUAGGGGCGCCACUGGUAGAAAAAUCCAAAUUUAUUCCUUCUUCCUUGGCAAAGUUUACUUCUCAUGAUUGGAUAAAAUAAAAUGUACCUAAUACCUACCACAAAUAAUGAGAAUCUUAAAUUUAGUAAAUUGUAACAUUGUAAAAAAUACACUUUU